CAGCUCAAGAAAGAAGUGACACUGGAGAGAAUGCUGCCACUCCACUUCCAGAGCUGUCCCUGGGCCCAGGUCUGGGGCGAAGAUGCCGGCCCUGCACAUUGAAGAUUUGCCAGAAAAGGAAAAACUGAAGAUGGAAGUUGAGCAACUUCGCAAAGAAGUGAAGUUGCAGAGACAACAGGUGUCUAAAUGUUCUGAAGAAAUAAAAAACUACAUUGAAGAACGUUCUGGAGAGGAUCCUCUGGUGAAAGGAAUUCCAGAAGACAAGAACCCCUUUAAAGAAAAAGGCAGCUGCAUUAUUUCAUAAAUAACUCUGGGGAGAAACCUUAUCCUCAGUGGAAGAACUAGCUUGUUUUAGUUUUCCGAAAUAAAACCGACAUGCUUUUUAAAGAAGGAAAAGCUAAAUUUAAAGCGGACUUUCUCAAGCACUUAUAUAGAUAUGGUUUCAUAUUGUAUAAAAUCUAUAUGCUUCUCAUCUUUGCUCACUAUCCACCCUUUUUAAGAGGGCAGAGAGCAUCAAAUGUACAAUAAUGGAAAUAAGGACAUUACUUGUGCAUGACUCACUUCUUUUAGUAUAUUGCUUGAUGCCUCAAAUAAAGUUUUAUCUCUGGAAAAU